CUUCCUUCCACCGGGCAUUAGACAUGCUUCGGCCACCCACUCCAUUACUGGACAAUCUCUUCUUUUGACGCUUUAUACAGGGCGUAUUGAUCUUCUAGUUCUCUGCAUUGUUGGUUACUACAUUUCGGCCAAAGAGAAAAACAAAACAGUCAAUCUUAACCCUCCUUUCUUUUUGCUCAAGACAUUCUACCUCGGCAAACACAAUCUAUCAGCACAUUGAAGAUCUCGUUAUAGAGGUUAUCAGAAGCGUAGUUGUUGACAUAUUCGCCACAUCUGGACUGGUACCCAGAUCAGCAAGACCACAACUUCGGCCAUGGAUGCUAAACAAGACCCGUACACCUGGGAAGGUGCAACCGGAUGGAGACGCUAUCGUAUGCUGAGACCAGGUCGUGGCAUGUAUCACGACGUCAAAAGACGACUGCCGUAUUACUGGAGCGACAUCAGAGAUGCAUUCACCUAUAGAGCAUUUGCCGCCACGGUCCGCAUGUACUUUGUAAAUCUUUUGCCGGCUCUAGCAUUCUUGUUGGAUAUGGAACGACACACAGAUGGCUUUUUUGGUGUCAAUGAGGCGCUCUUCUCUUCAGCCCUUGCAGCAAUUGUCUUCAGUACUCUGGCUGCUCAACCAUUGACCAUCGUGGGAAUUACCGGAUUGAUAUCCCUCUUCAACUACACAAUCUACGAUAUUGCUGUAAGGCAAGGCAUUGGCAAUCUAUACCCAGAAUUUCUGGCAUGGGUUUCCAUCUGGGCCGCUAUCACGCAUUGGAUCACUUCUUUUGGAAACUUAUGCGAUUACAUGCGGUUCAUCACCGAUUUCUCAAGCAAUGCCUUCGGCAUGUACGUUGGUAUCAUCUACAUGAUCAAGGGUGUGCAGGAACUCAUUGCACAGUUCAGCCAAAGCACACAUGAGGCAGGCUUCUUGAGUAUCGUCGUGGCAUUAUGCUACUGGGCUACGGUUUAUGCUUUGGAGAUGUUGCCUCACACGGUAGUGUUUACUCCAGUCACCCGCAAACUGCUCUCUGACUAUGCAUAUCCUAUUGCCACCUUGUUCUGGACUGGAUUUGUCCACAUCCCAGGAACCAUCAAGCAAGCAGACGUGCUCACGUUACCUCGUACCAGAGCAUUCUACCCGACAGUAGACCGUAGCUGGUUGAUUCAUUUCUGGACUUUGCCCGUGAAAUGGGUUUUUGUCGCCCUUCCGAUCGGUAUUCUCGUGACAUUGUUGUUCUACUAUGACCACAAUGUCAGCAGUAUUGGAGCUCAAGCAAGACAGUACCCCCUGAAGAAACCUGCUGGCUUCCAUUGGGACUUUGCCCUCCUCGGAGCCACUUGCUUCAUUGCUGGCAUUAUCGGCAUUCCUCUUCCAAACGGUCUGGUGCCCCAGGCUCCUGUGCACACUGACUCGUUGACCGAGUACAAGGACAAACUUGUCAUCAGCCACGAAACUGAAGAUGAAAAUGGCCAGCCUAUGGAGCGUAGACGCAAAGUCUUCGAAGCCGAGAGCGUCGUCGAGCAGCGCAUCAGCCAUUUUCUCAUGGGACUCGCCAUUGUCGGCACAAUGACUGGCCCACUACUCGUUGUAUUGGGCACCAUUCCUCGUUGUCUAUUUUGUGGUGUCUUCUUCGUCGUCGGCUGGGGUUCCAUUGAGGGCAACGGCAUGACACAAAAGGUGAUAUUCUUGAUCAAAGAGCGCCGCUUCAUCGAUCCUGCAGAACCACUCCUACAGGUUCCGAGAACGAAGAUCAUGCUCUUCCUACUUUUCCAGAUCCUUGGUGUCGGAUUCAGUGUCGCCAUCUCGCAGACUAUUGGCGCGAUCGGCUUCCCUGUCAUCAUCAUCUCACUUAUCCCUCUCCGUUGGUCUGUCAUGCCACAUCUUUUCACACGCCAACAGUUGGAAGUCAUGGAUGCCUUGACUGCAGACUCGGACGUUGUGCUGUGCAGUUUGGGUGGAAAACCAAUCAUGCCAGAAGUCGCACUCGAGAGACGGAAGAAGGGCAUCACUUCCGUUGAAGAGGGCGACAGUGGCAACAUGAGUGACAAGGAGAAGGACAACUCGACGGGAGAGAACGAAUCCGAGGAGAUGAGAAGACGUUUAGAUAUGGAGCAAUCGGGACGGACUACUGGGCCGUAUCAUUCGGGCAAGCAUGACUAGGGAAGUAAAAGUAAUUAAUACAGUAUAUAUAUGUGUUGUAAAUACAUGGGUUCAUAGAUCAUGACAACUUUGAUAACACAACACCCAAC